AACAACAACAACAACAACAACAACAACGACGACGACGACGACGACGACGAUGGCAUCAACAGCGGUGGUGACGAGGGUGUAGGUGACGGUGUUCGCCGUGACGCUGAUGCAUCCGCCAGCGCCCAUUCGGGGAUGACCCCGUUCCCGGCGCUGACGACGCUCAUCCUGAGCUUCAACCCCAUCUCUGGUGGUGCCGUGUUCGCCGGCUGUGCGGGCCUGCCCUCUCUCCGCUUCCUUGAUCUCAGCAACACCCGCGUGUCAGCCAUCCCCACGCUGCUGCCGGAAGGAUGGGAGGACACACGCGCGCACGCAAUGCUGGACGUGCUGCCGUUCCCGUCGCUGCGGCUGCUGGCACUCGACGCGACGCGUGUCAAGACGGCGUCGGACCUGACCAAGUGUGAGAGCUGGCCGGUCCUGGAGGAGGUGCAUGUUGCAGACACGCCGUUUGCACGAACACAUACGCAGCUGCCGGCAGAGGUGCGCGAUGCCCUGUGCGUGCGCCGCGGCAUUGAGAUUAUGACCAAGUCCGAGCCGCCGCCGAAGCCAACACUCGACUUCACAUCGCAGCCCUUCAAGCACGUGGAUGUGUCGCUGCCGGACAUCCGCGUUGCUCAGCCAGCGCUGACAGCGGCACCGCCCCCUCCCGUCGUGCGCACACCAAAACUACCACCACUCGCACCGCCAGCACCAGCCGCGGGCGCAACCACCACAACUACAACAACCGCUGCUGCUGCUGCUGUCACGGGUGACGAGAGUGGUGCAAUUCGCAGUGGGAGCAGAAGACAGAAGCAGCGCAAGAAGGGAGAGGCUGAGGUUGUGGCUGUGCAUGUUGAUGAUCAUGACGAUGGCGGGCGUGACAAGGAGGAGGAGGAGGAGGAUGGCAGGCAUGGUGAUGAUGAUGGUGAUGAUGGUGAUGAUGGUGAUGAUGAUGAUGGUGACGACGACCACACGGGCGUGUUUCUGACAGCACUUGCCGGUGUUUACGGCGAAGAGGAAGAAGAAGAGGAAGAAGAAGAGGAGGAGGAGGAGCCACAUGCUAAUGGCAGUCAUGAGGACGAUGUGUCCGCGUCGAGCGGCGGCGUUGUUGCUCUGCACGACAAAGCCCAGGGUGGCGGGCGCAAACUGGCCAAGGUCACGCUCAAACGGGACGAGAUCCGUGUGCCCAUGUGUCCGUUUCAAGGGAAGCAGCAGUCGUUCCGCCAGUACCAGCGCCGCCUCAACCGCCCAAAACCCUCCCAGCGCACGCGUGCAAAGGCCGAGGCGAGCCGACUUGCGGGCCGGGGUGGCGGUGCUCGUGGCGGUCGUGUGAAGACAGCUGCAGCCGCCAAAGACAGGACACCAGGCGAAAUUCUGCAGCUGCUGGCUGACCUGCGACCAGAGGAGGACUCUGUUGUCCUUGAAGAUAGGCUGCCCAAACGCGCUCCGGUCGACAUUUUGAAAUAUCGCGGCUACGAAGAGCUCUUCGUUGAUGACGACGAUGAUGAUCACGUGGAGGAGGAUCAGGAGCUCAAAACACAAUGGGAAGCGGAUGCGCCGUCCGGAAUUCGUUUAGCCGUGAAGGCGCUGCAGUAUGCGCUCGAUCACCCGCUCAAACCAACGCUGCAAGCUGGUCGCCGCUCCCAACAGACAACCACACGCACACAUGCAGGGAGGAACAACAAGGACGGUACUCAGUAG